AACUUGUACGAAGCAAAGUCAAAAGACCAGUUGCCCGAUUCACUCAGAGAAUCGAUUCUCUGUUCUCUGCAGCUUUAUGUCAAUUGUUUAACAACUCUUACCAGUUGUCCGAUUCACGCAGAGAAUCAAUUCUCUGUUCUCUGCAGCUUUAUGUCAAUUGUUUAACAACUCUCUCUGACUCUCUGUAGUUCACUUCAGCCAAUAUAUUCACGUCCAUUUUCUGUACAACUCUAGUUUCUAGAGCAGCUCAUCCACACACUUCUUUCUGUUCUAUGAUCUCCUAGUUAGUUUGUCUAAAAUUAGAUCUCUUCCGAUGCCGUUCGUCUCAAUUCUUUUGUUGUUCGAUCAUUCAAUUCCAAAGAUCAUCAUCAUCCCAUUUGAAAAAUGGAGGGAAGAACAUGUAGGAAUGGUGAAACAGUACCUCGAAUUCCUAGUAACUAGGAACAAUGCAAAGUAAAACUUCUCUCGCAAUAUUUGAUAUUCCUGCAUUUCUUGUAAUUACAUCCAUAUUUGUAGUCUUUGCAAAUAAUUAAUAUCAAGACUCAGUUUCUUGUGUUAGUUGAUCUCAGUUUGCAAAUGAGAUGUUAUGGUGUUCAAUUUGAAGGGAACUGCAUGUGAUUCAUUAUCUGUUGAAAUAGCAUCAUGCUUUGUCACAAUAUUUAAUGCACGCUUGUUGAAUUUCAGGACAGAAAAAAGUUGGAGAAUGGUGGGAAGAACAUUAACAUCCGAGAUUGAUGGUCUGGAGUGCCAAAAACUCUUAGAAUGAAUGUCGAUCCAGAGGUAGCUCCUGAUUUACCUCAUUCUAAUUUUAAGGAAACAGAUCUUCAGAAAGAAAGUAUAAUUUGUCCUAAUCCCUACAGGCCAUUACAUGAGGUGGUUAAGGAAAAGUUUAAGAAAAAGAAGUUUAAUUCUGCAGUCCAUCGUGUUCGUCUUGCUCUUCAAAUUGUGAAAAACAAGAAGAAUGAGAGCAGACUAAUGUGUGGUUCAACAUGCCUAUGCAUAGGAGUGAUGAGUUUGGGAACGAGGGCAUGGCUGGUGAUGACUUGGGAGAGGACAAACUUGAGUGUUCAAAAUAUCCGAGGGGCACAAACAUGAAAUCAAGAAAGGAAUCUGGUAAUGACAAAACAACACUUUGAAGGUUCGUUAUCCCCCUCCUCGGCGCUAUGAGUAUUCAGUUUGGCUAGCAGGAGUUUAUAAACGAUAACACAUUAGGUGACCAUGAGUUUUUAGUAUUUAGAUGCGAGGGGAAUAUGCAUUUCGGCAUCCAAGUUUUGGAAAAGAGUGGAUGUGAGAGUCAAUUUUCUCGAUACCAUGAGUACAUCAAAAGUUCACCUCCACGAGGAGUAAAAGACUUUGUGGCUGACCAAGAAGAAAAGUGUAUGCUUAACAAAAAAACCUUUGUGGUAGACAACAAAAUUCCCCGUCAGCAGCAGUAAGCACCUCUAUGAUAAUCCAGAUGCAGAUAAAUUCAAAGACAUUAGAAAGAAAAGUACCAAGACAGCAUAACUGCGAAUUGGGAAGCUGCUGGAUAUAUCAUAUCCAAAUUCCCUCAUUUUAAAAGCAUUAUUAGAAAAUAUAAUAUUCUGGCUGUCCCCAGAGUUAUCUCUACAAGGUCUACGGAGAAUGCUUUCAAAAGUAAUUCAAAGGAAGAGACCUAGACAGUACAUGCCAUCUUCCAUUUGAACGCACUAAUUUUCUGCUGGGCGGACUACUUUUUCACAUGGUAACCAAAUGAAGCUUGGGGUGAUUUACUUGAGCUAGUGAUUAGAGACAAGAUGGCAGUUACAUUUUUCAAAACCGAUGAGUUUGUAGCUAAUGACAGUAUGGUAAUAUAAGGGUUGAAAGCAAGGGACAACCUAAGACUGAGGAAUGUGUUGCUUCCCUCAUCUUCCCCACCCGCUUUGUCUCAGCAACACAACACAACACAACAGCAACCACCCAGAAUUGCACACAGACCAGCAAUUGUUCAGUUGCAUUGACGUCGUCAGGCCUCACCUAAAGCCCCCAUUUUUGGCUCAUCCUCCAGAUACAACUUCAUUGCAAGAAAUUUCUUACUCACUGAUACAAUCCAUCAGCAAAAGAAAACUUGAAAGCUGCACUCUUCACUGCAAUAACUAAGAUAUAAGAGUAAAACUUUGAGUCUGUUCAAGGCAUCCAAGAAAUGGCGAGAGCAGGAUUCAACAAUGGUGGUAUGGAGGAGCAGAAGGGUCGUACCUUCUUCAAGAUAAUCAAGCCCGGAUUCAACACAGAUCAUCUGAGAAUCCCACCAGCAUUCAGGAAGCACAUCUUGAAUGAACUCUCUAUAAGGGCAACUUUGACUCUGAGCAGUUCUGCAGAUUCUUCAUGGAAUGUCAGAGUCCAUAAGAUAGGAAGGGAUAUUUAUCUCAAGGAAGGCUGGCAAGAGUUUCUAAGAGAUAAUUCCUUAGGUGAUUCAGAGUUCUUGGUGUUUGGAUAUGAUGGAAAUAUGCAUUUCAGCAUAGAUAUUUUUGAGAAGGAUUGUUGUAAGAGAACCAAAGCUCCUGCUUUGAGAAGGCAUCAACAAUCCACCUUUAUUAACAAUACUAAAAGACCACGUGGUAGACCAAGAAAGAGCGGUGAUGCAGCUGAACACACUCUAAAUGGUGAAUCCAGUAACAGUACUAAAAGACCUCGUGGUAGACCAAGAAAGAGCGGUGAUGCAGCUGAACACACUCUAAAUGGUGAAUCCAGAAACAGUACUAAAAGACCUCGUGGUAGACCAAGAAAGAGCGGUGAUGCAGCUGAACACACUCCAAAUGGUGAAUCCAGUAUUCCCAUAGAGCAUACUGAAUCAAGAUCCCCCGCUUUUAUCCGAACCAUUAAUAAAGUCUAUGGAGUGGAUUUGCCCACAGGCUUCUGUAGGAAGCAUCUUCUUCCUCCUGACUACUACAAAUUCAUCCUGGAAAAUACAGAGGGAGACAGAUGGGAAGUGAAUGGUGUUCCUAGCAAUAAUACAAUUAUGUUGUCAUGUGGAUGGGUUUCUUUUGCACGGGGUAACGGAGUUGAAAUAGGAGAUGAUUGCUUGUUUGAGCUCAAGAGCAAAAGCAAGAUGGUGGUUCACAUAAUUAGGCAAAACCACUGAUCAUUUUGAAGCUGCAGUUAAGCAGUUUUUUUUUUUUUUUUUGUGAGCUAACUUUAGGGUUCUCUUCUCACCACCUAAUAUGUUGGUAUUAUUUCUUAUUAUGGGAUGAUUAUGCUGUAUUUAGUGUCGAAAUGGUGUAUGAGAUUAUAAGUGUUAAUUUAGAUUUGGUGAGCCAUAUGAAAUAA